AGCGUACAUAGCUGGAAGUGAAGUGUACUGAUACGCACAACAAAGCUGCAGUUGAGGAGUUGCUUUGAACAAUAUGAUCCUACUCUCACGCAUUGCUCUGUUCUCUUCUUCUUUUCUUUUUCUUUUUACUGUGGACAAGUGGGAGAUCUCAACCUACACUUCACGCUACAUCGCUUCUACAUUCGAAUCUUCACUUUCGGCAAAGUACUUUUUCUCGUUUCAAUCACCUUCCAUUUUCUGACAACCCUUGGUAUUCAUCUUGUCUGACUGAGCAGCGCUAACAUGUACCCAUUUUCUUCUUUAAAAAAAUCUUUAAACCUAUAAUCAGCUGAGGUUAUCAUUACGGCAGCACAAGGGAAAAAGCCGCUUCACAUCUUUUAUUUAAAGUUUCUCUCAACAGGUCUGUUUUCUUUCUUCUAAUUAUUCUCUAAACUCUGUGUUUCUUUCUUACACAUCGAAUUGUACGAAAGGCGUUCUCUCUUUUCUUUUCUCUGGCACCGCCUUUUUUUAAAUAUUAUACUUCGCUUAUUUCAGAACAGCGUUUCUUCAGAGUAGGUGGAAAUGGCAAAGCUCACACACGUAGUAUCACAAAUAAUACUUUUAAAAAGGAUGUGUUUCUGCACCCCUUCCUGGCUUCCACAUGAAAUAGUACGUGUAUUCGGGUCUGAAAGUGGAGAGAACACUGCAGGCUCUUUCUGCCCAGUAUGGAGACGGCAACAAGUAAAGGACAAUCAACGCUUCACUGUACUACUGGUGAGGGGAGGAAGGGGGGGGGGGGAGGGGUUUCUUCUGCAGUGCCUUCUGGGCUUGUCCGUCUAUGCUAGGAGCGUGUUGAAUGUCUCCGACCUUGUCAAUGGUAUCUUCCGUACAGCUCUAUGACCCUCCAUCAUCCCCGUCGUGUGCAUUCCAUCCGUUCUUUUCUUUUCUUUUUAUCAUGUAUACUGCAUCACUGCCGGUAUACUUGGUGGUGGCAACAUUCGCUCACGAACACACCCACAUUCGAAGCGUCCUUGCUUUAUCAUCAGACUCUUCCUUUGCGGUCUGCUUCACGCUGGAGAAACACGAAUGUGAUGCCCCGAGUGAGCGUAGUAACAGUCCCACGUUGAUAGAGUGCGGUAGCCAAGAAUAGAGUACGAGAUACAGUAUUGGUCCUUUCUUUGUUUCUUUAAUGUUUUUAUUUCUUUCCUCUUUUCCCCAUUAAAAAAAAAGAAUAUUUGCGGAAAUAUUGGCCGAUUUGAUUCUGCCGUCUUUAGUGCUGUAUGUUGAUCCCUACCUUUCUUUUUCUCUUUCCAUAUUAACUGGUAGUGCACGCAUGCGAAAAGGCGACACCAACGCAGAGGAGUCUUCCUCUCCCGCUGCCAACUCCGACAGAGGCAACUCUUCUGCUCAAUUACAGGCAUGUGACUCGGCAGCGAACAACUCCGAUUUCACGUCCCCGUUAGCCGUCUCGAAAACGGCGCAAUACGCACCAUGCAAUGUCGUGCCAGCCGGCGCGAUAAGCAAGAGCUCUGCGAGCCAACCGUCCGAAGAGCCCGUCGUAUCUGAAAAGGCAGUCCAACAGUCGUUGAUCAUUGUGGAAGAGGAGCCCGCCCUCGUGCACACCCAUCAUCACGUGCAACAGGGCGGCGAUGCAGCAGAUGCGUAUACCGGCCCGGCUUACACCUCGUGGUCCCCCGCAUCGCCGGACCUCGCGGAGCUCAUUCCCAUCGGUACCACGCCGUCCCAGCGGGAGUCGGUGGCAACCCGUGACACAGAAACAUCUCCCUACUCCCCGUCGGAGAGCCACAACGGGUCUCCGCGCGCGGUGGCCAUCUCACCGCCCCGGCGGAUUAGCACGGCGCCCGGCGAGUUGACGCUGAACGCCACCGCGACACGAAACCCGCUGACGCCGCUGAGGAGCGCCUGCAGGAACUCUUCUGGUACGGAGCCGGUACAGGACACGCCGGCUGGCUCCAUCGUGCGGCGGUGCACGACCCGCUACGGUGAGGCAGAGAGCGAUCCCGUAAAAUCCCUGUCUAAUCCGUAUGACACCGGCUCUGUCACGCUGCUGCACACCUCCGCUCCAUCGUCGCCGCUGUCGUUCGAUUUCCACCGCUGCGCCACCGCCGCCCCUACGCGUCUGCGACCCCCGUCGCCAACACCGGCGCGGAGCUCUUACCCUGCCGAGACACCAACGAACACCAUCCCCGACGUCUCGGAGGCCUCCGCCCCGGUGCCCGCGAAGUCCUUCGGCUCCUCCUCCUCCCUCCACCUGCGUGUGCUGGUGCAUCACGACGACACGGACAGCGCGGUCCCGCUCGCCACGCCGCUCUCCUUCAACUCGGCGAGUGCCACCAAGACGAACGCGAUCGGCGGGGCGGUGCCGCAUGUGCCGGCGAUUCGCCUGCCGGCGGGGCUGGCGGCGUCGGACAUGGAGUCGGACCGCAGCGCCAGCGUCAGUGUGUUGGGCUACGGCCCCCGCAGUGCCCCCAACGCGUGCUCGCUCGUCUCGGCCCGCUCUGCUCGCUCUGCUCGCUCGUCGCGCUCGGGGCGGCACUCCCACCGAUACGGCACGUCCACCCGCACCGCCCUGCCCGGGCUGAGGGAGCUGUUCCCGACGCUGCCGGCGGAGAUGUACCUGGCACGGGAGCGUCUGUGCGUUGCGCACGACAGCAGCGGCAACUUGGGCACUGGCGCGUACGGCAUGGUGAAGCGCGCAGAGCUGUACCCCCCCGAGGUGGAGGUGCCCCGCUUCUUUACCCCGGUGACCGAAGUGUGCACGAGUCAGUCAAACUCUUACAUGCCCGGUUACUCCCCGGCAAAUUCGCUGCCCCCUUCGCACAACUUUGCGUCCAUCGCCGGGACAGUAGACGGGGCAGACGGCGCUGCGGAAACCCCGCUGACCGGUGCGCACAGCAAGGAACACUUUGGCGUCUUUUUGCACUCACGCCUGGCGUCGGCGGUCAGUAUGGACAGCGCGUCUGCGUUGCCGCUGCACCAGCAGCCCUACAACGACCAAACCGCGUCGUUUUACAACGGCCUCGAUGACGUGCCGGCCCUCCCGUGCGUUGAAUCGCUCAACGACUCGCGCUGGCUGACGCGCGGGCAGUCGCCGGAGGUGGAGUCCGUCGUCGUGAGCGGGCCGCUGGCGGUGCACACGGACAGCGAGGAGACGAGUGCUGCGGCGACGCAGAGCGCGAAAAGCCAACAGGGGAUGCAGCAUUCUCCAUCGACAGGGCCGCUCUCUGUGGGACUGCAGGACCGUCCCCCCGCCGCACCGCCCGCCUCUGUGACCUCCUGCUACACCUCUCAGAAGUUUCCUGACCUCCCGGUCGUGCUGGCGACGAAGGUGCAAGAGGGCGACGCUGGCGGCGCCUCGCUGACGUCCACGCAGGUCUCCGUCGCAAAGCUCGCGCGUGACGAGCUCGACGUUGGCGUGGAUGACCACACAGUGCGGACGAGCGCGGGCGACGACGAGGCAGAGGGAAUGCUCGCCGGCCCGCUGAAUGACUCCCCGGAGAGCGAGGGGCUCGAGUUCUCGCCGACGUCGACGUCGACGGCCGGCACGCUUCGAUUUACCUCGCUCAGCACCCCACGAUGGACGAACAAGACGUACUGCCACAGCUCCCGCACGGCGGGCAGCAACGUGCCGGAUGCAAAGGAGGGGGGAAUGAAGGAGGACGAGGGGGAAGAGGAGGUCCACUCCGACCGCUGGGUGGACAACAACUCCAUCACUUUUCCAACUCAGACACCAAUGGAGCGGGAGGGGACAGCAGCGGUGCUGGUGGUGGUCGGUGACGAGGGGAAAAGUGUCAACAGGGUAACCUCGAAGCUAACCACAGAAGUGCAGGUGGCAGAGAUGCGCUCGAACGACAGCAAAGCCGAUGCCACCGCGUUGACACAGGCGGAGGCCAGCACGGAUGUCGCGAAGAACGACGGCGCAGAUGUGCAUGGAGAGGCAGCGCUGCGGCUGCCCCUGGUGUUGUCACGUGAGCCGUGCACCAACACAUCUUCUACCUCCUGUAACACGGCGGACAGAAGCCCAACGACCAGCGGCGGACGCGUUGGAGUCACCACUGCCGCCGCCGGGAACGAACAGAAGACCUUUGAUGCAAUCUGUGUGAACCGUGAGGGUACGACUGAAAAAACUCCCACAACAAGGAAAGAAAAUGUUCAUGACGCCAAUUGCAACGUUGGAGGCAUCGGCAGCAGUUGUCUCCCAGAUGGACGAGAAGGUUUUCUUGUGGCGAGCGCCACGGUGUCGGAGUCGCAGGGCACGCCGGCGCAGGUGGGCGAUGACAAUCGCGCGUCCACAACCCAGCAGGCUGAGAUGCAGGCGGUGAGCGUUGCCCGGGGAGACUCCGCAGACACCUCUGGUCACCUGAGCAGCGGUCGACGCUGUCGCAGCCAAGGCGCCGGGACCGUCAGGACCCAAACAGGCAGUAAGGGCGAAGAGAGAAUAGAAGUCGGCGGCGAUAAGAACGAAGUAGAAAGCGGCGCGGCUGCCGUGACAGCAACCGAACAGGCGAUUCAACCGAGCUCUUUGCGCAGCAACACGCCUGCGCUGACCACCGCUGCAACACUUGGACAUUUGCCGACGGGCGAUGGCGCAAACACCACCAGUAACGGUGACGGGAAGGGUGUGGAGCAGGUCUCUCCCACCAGCACCGUCAGCUACGUGUUCAGCGGCGGCGCGACGAGCUUGGCGACGACUCGCACUUCCAGGCAGGACAGCGUGACCACAGCUCUCCAAACCGGCACGAACCUUUUGCGAUUCCCGAGCAACACACCGCAGACGCCGCUGGUGCGCUACGGCGUGAACACCAUGAUGAUCUCUGAGGCCAUCAGCAACGGCAGCGCGCCCUUCCGCCCCGUCGCCACAAAGGUGGUGGAGAAGUCCGACCUCGCUGACAACCCGAUGAAGCUGAACGCCUUCCACAAUGAGCUGCGGAUGGCGAGUCGACUCAAUCACCCGUGCCUGGUCAACAUGUUCGGCGUCACCGAGGAUGCGGAGACCUUUUACCUCGUCAUGGACCUGGCGGAGAAGGGGAACUUGUCGCAGUACCAGAAAGUGUUUGGCGUGCAAGACACCCGUGCGAUGGCACCACGCUUCUUGGCGGAUGUCGUGCUGGCGCUGGAGUACUUGCGGGACGGGUCGCAGCACACCUAUUGGAUGACAUCGACAGCGAGCGACGCAGCCGUGCUGCAUCACGCUACGAGUGAAGAAAAUGGAGGGAACAGUGGCGCUGCGAGGGCGGAUCACUAUGCGUCGGACAGCUGCCCAGGGUCCACGUCAUCGCUGCCGCUGCAACCGACGGCUGACGGCGCCUCUUGCACCACCACGAAGAAGCCGCCCACGCCGUCAUCGGCGCCGGGCAUCUCGCUGAAGCGUCGCACAAAAGGCGAAGAGGACGAGGGCAACAGCGAUACCGUGGAUUCGACAAGUGGAAAGGAGGGGGCAAGUGGAGAAGACGUAGUCGCCUGUGCGUGUUGCCCCACCAAAGACGAAGAUGAGAGCGUUCUGAUGAAGGAGAGCAUCGUGCUUCACCGCGACGUGAAGCCGGACAACUUGCUGCUCACCUGGGAUUUCCACGUGAAGCUGGCCGACUUUGGCGACGCCUGCUUCUACGGCGAUGAGGAGGCGAACAGCUUCGGUGGCACCCCGUCGUACAUCUCUCCCGAGGUGAUUCAGACCUCCAAGGCUGGACCGUACAGCGACUUGUGGGCAAUGGGCUGUAUUCUGUAUGAGCUGCUCGUCGGUGAGAAGCUCUUUACCGGUUCGCUGCGGGAAGUGGCAAAGAGCAUCCAGACCUUUUCUCCGGAGGGUUUGAUGUUUCCGACCGCGCCUGCGUCUUCCACAUCCCCCAGCAAUGCCGUCGAGGAUGCUGACUGUGACUGCGACGAUGACGAAGCUGCUGCUGCACACGCGACGACCGAAGAUGACGCCAGCAGCGCCAGAAGCGGCGGCAGUAGCGGAGACAUCAUUUCCGCUGCCGCGCAGGAUCUCGUCCUACAGCUGCUGCGCCACAUUCCAGAGGAGCGCCUUGGCUCUGUGGAGCGUGGCGGGUUUGCCGCCCUCAAGCGCCACCCCUUCUUUGCUGAGAUCGACUGGAGCAGGGUGCUGGAGACUACCAACAUCACGACGACCAACACGGACUACACGUCGGAGCUCGCGGACUACCUCGAGCCCGGGGAGGGUGUUGUGUACUGCUCCCCCGUCAAGGUCCUCGCGACGGACUGCGGGGAGACGCACACGCAGGCGCCGUCAACGCAGCUCGCCGCGCCGGGCUCGCUAGUGAUGGUGCUCACUGAUACACCGCGACUUUUUCUGGUCAACCCGGACACCGAAACCGUCCAGUUUUGGCUGCCGUGGACACGAGAGUUGCGGGUCGCGGUGCUGCGCGCCGACCGCUUUAGCAUUACGGUGCCCAUUUACGAUGCACUCGCCUCCCCUUCCACGCCGGGGGUUUCCCCCCACACGGCGGCUUCGAUAGGGGCGGAGAGCCGCAACAGCACCGGCACCGCCUCGGCCAUCACCUACACCUUCUACGACACGACGCGCCGGGCAGACUUGUGGGGCGUCAAGAUCCACGAUGUGCAGUCCGCGUGCCUGCUGCGCCGCAGGGGUGGAACGCCGACCUUCCCGUCCCGUCAGCCGUCCUCAACGCAGCUGCACUGCCCACCGUCGUCCACGACACGUCGCGGCACGCCAACGCUCUCGCCCAGGGCAGGCGGCUGCCUUCUCCACCGUCUGCGCACUACUCCGCGAUGUGCACACACAGGCGGCAUCAGCAGCGAUUCCAUGUUCUUCUCUGAGGCCGCCAUCACGAUGCCACGAGACGGGCGGAACGCUAUGGCGCACAACGCAGACAGCUAUGUGGAGACCUUUUACGGCCACAGCGGACCAAGCACGGCCACGACGUCGCCGGCGACGGCUGGGGUUCCUGCGGCGUCGCAACGGCGGUCUGUUACGCGCUACUCGCAGCCCAUCCGCCUGCCUGCCACCUCUUUUUUAGUCUCCAGGGCCUUGGCAUCCGUGCCGACUGUGUUGCCUAAUGGAAAGGCCACAGCCACGCUCACCAGUCCAGCCGGUGUGAGCUCGGGUGAGUCCUCGACGGAGCUGCGCUCUCCAGAGGUUUUCCCAGCUCCCCAGCCGGAGGCGAACGCGCUUGUCGUCGCACCGAUGCAUCGCCGCGUCAACAUGAUGACCGUCACCGUGGCCUCCUCCAGCAACCCGCAACCGGGUCGCCGCGCACGUCCGUCAUCGCCGGGGAACACCGGUACGGACAACGCCUUGGGUGUGUCGCCGGUAGGCUUCGGUGCGACAGCGAUGGAAGGGUGGGCACGCGCCACUGGCGGGCUUUCCACGAGCCCCGCCGCCAAUGACGUCUCCUUCGAGUCGUCACGCCUCUGUAGCAGCGGCACAGUCACCAACUGGAGCAUGCUGACGAAGUGGACGGGAUCAAUCAACGGUAGCGACGCCGGCGGCGGCUCGCUGGGCGAGGAUGCGCUCGGCUUCUCGAGCAGCGUGGGUGAUGUUACACCGCGAGCGACCCGGGUAAGCGACGGCGAGGACGGCCGCAGGCCGUUGACGCGCGACAUGUCGACGCAGUCCGAGUCCACACCCGGCCCUUUGUCCGUGCAGAGAAACGUCGACGUUGAGCUAGAGGAGAGCGGGUGUUGUUCCUGUCCAUCGCGCGGGAGAAGUAGAGGUGCACGUACACCGGCGGCAGCUGCGUCGCUUACGAGCGCUCCCGUCACAGCACCUCCGAAGGAAAAAAUGUCAAAGGUGCGGCUGCAGUACAAGAAGAGGCAGCAGAGAAAAUCGCAGGCGUAG